AUGACCACCUGGGUUGCCUACAUGAAUGUUCCCCCAAAUUUCGUCGAGCAAAACCGACGAAAGAUCUUUCCGAGAUGCUCUCGACUCUUCUACGACAAAGAGACCAGACGGCUGAUCAUGAAGCUCGCUGGACCCGCCCAUGAGAUCGUCACCACCGGGAUCUCGAAAGAGAUUACCGAUCAAAUAGUGAUGGUAAACCCAAGUUUACGGCUUGAAUUCUUACCAAUGGGAGCUUCUCAAAUUCAUGGAAAUUCUUGCUCGAAAGAAGCAGAUUGGUCAGGUCAACCUAGCGAUGCAAUCCUACCACCUGGACGCUCUAAUAAGUAG